AUGUCUAUAGCGGCAGGACUGCGAGAGAUCGUUGAUAGACUCAAUGCUCCUCCUCUAUACAUUAAUCUAUCCUUAGUGCAAUUCGAUGAGCUGCCAGCGUCGACCCUCCUGUCAGUAGUGAACAAGGUCCUUGCAGUGCUCGAUCCGAGACACAAUGUCGAUAUAGAUAAUGAGCGUAUGGAAGAUACCUACAAGCGCAUGGUUGACUUCAUCACCGUGCUAGGCUAUCCUGACGAUAGCGCCAUAGCGUCUAAAGAAGGAUUCAUGAACGGCGACAAGAGAGUACUUCAUCCUCUUUUGUACUGGCUAUUGGUCAAUCUGACUGCCCUCAAGGAGAGGGCAUACUUAGCUAGAUUUCUAACCAAUUUCGAAGUCCCUCAGGACUUCCUGCAGGACUAUAACAUCGCAGAUAUGUAUUCGAAGUAUAAGGAGCUCCAGUCUACGUUCAAGGCUACCCAUUCGGCCCUGCAACACCAACGGGAGACGUCUGCGAUGCCGGAAGAAUUGAAACGUGAUAUUCAGCAACUGAGUGUAGAGAAGGACCAGCUUAUUGUUAAGAUAAAGGCGCUAAAACAUCGUACCACUGGUGAUGCUGAAUUCAACGCAAUUUUUGAUGUCACUUCUAGACUGCGGCAUGAGCAGGAAGAAGAGGCGCAGUUGGCUGACACGUACAGGAAGCAACGGAGACAGCUUGAGGAAGUCGAAAGGUUGCAUCGAGGGGCUGUGCAGAGGCUCCAGGAAAUGCGCCAGGCGCGGGCGGAGGCUGAGGAGGAGCCAGGGAGGAUGCUGGAGGCACGUAUAAUGUUAGCAUAUCGUCGAGGUGUUGGCCAGGUCAUACGCAAGGACGUGCACAACGCUGGGGUUCAACUAGAACGGAUGAAAGCGGCCCAUGAUGCACUGUGUGAAGAACUGGAAAGUGCUGAGAAACAACUGAGCGUCCCUAGUAUUGAUGACGCGACGCUGUUGGAUAUGGAAGAGAAGUUGGAGAGCCUACAGGAAGAGGUUGAGUCGAUGGAGAGCAGCCUCAAAAGUCAGUUACAAGCACAAGCCUCAGUAGAGAACAAAGGUGGAGGGCUGCAGGUUUAUAGGCAGCAGGCCCAGCUCGUGGCUAAGAAGCAUGAGGCGUUAUCGACGAAGGUGGAGGCCAUGGAGAUAGAGAGGAAUGCUGCAGCGCUCGAGUUGGAGAAGUUGGAGUCGAAAUACGAACAGCAGAUGGGGCAUCGUUACCUCCGACGGGAAGACUUCAAAGAAUAUGCUGUCACACUGAGAGAGAAAACGAAGAAGUUCAAGUCGGCAAAAAGCGAAAUGCAAAGGCUGAGAUCCGAGGGGUCCAUAUUGAAGAGGACUGAACAGUUGUUGAAGGAGAAGUUGGAAGAUUCCAAGAGGAGACUACGAGCAGUCGAGGAGGAGUACGGUGUGGUUGGUCACGACGAGCUGGAGUCGCGUCUGAUGGAGGCCUCGGAGGCGAAGUCAGCUGCUGAUGCCAAGAAGGGAUCUCAAAUGGAGGAGCUGUCGGAGGUGGUGACGAAAAUCAACUUGUUGCUCCGAGAAAAGAAGAACGAGUUGGCGCCUCGCAUUAAGGUACUCAGGACUACCAGAGAACGACUGGCGGAAGCCGAGGCGAUUUACCUCACGAAGAAAACAAAGUAUGAGGCUAUUGAGACAGACCUCAGCAGAGAAGUAAAGGAGCGUAAGAGCGUGACGGAGAGAUUGCUGGAAGAGACCGAAUCUUUGCGAAGUCGGGCAGCGGAGAUCGAGUUGAAAAUCAUAGCGACCGAAAGUUUGAUGGAACGAGGGGAACGAGAACAGCAGUGCCUCGAUGGCUCCAUGCAGUUCUCCAAAGAUCAUCCGACGCUCAGUUCUGUCUAUGCGGCGAAGAUUGGCGAAGUUGAGCGAACCUGCCAGGCUUUGAAGGUGCAGGAAAAGGAUGUCCAGGACUCCUUUGACCGGAGAGUCCAUCAGAAGCAAUUAUUUGAACGAUUGAAUCGACUUCUUGAGGUGAAACUGCGAUCGUUGGCGACAGCAGACGGAGAGGUUGGUCUCGGACGAGUAGAGCACUUGGCGAAAGGAGUCAACCGCCUUAUAAUAGAAGGCAAUUAG